ACCUCGCUUCCUUUGCGGUAGGGGCGGAGAAGGAGCAGAAGGGAACCAAGUAGCAACUGCUAGGCCUCGCCCAUCAACAUCGAAGUCUCCCUCUCCAUCCUCGUCUUCGGAAUCGUUCUCCUCCCCCAUCUCCAGCUUGUCUGACUGUCCUGCUCCUUGGAGGACGCCUUACGGACGCCUUCCCUGGACAACACGUGCGAUCGGCAUUGGCAUUGGAAAGCGGCUCAUCUGAACGCUCUGUGCUGCAUCCUCGGCUCUUAACAGCGAGACUCGCAUUCACUCUUUGAAAGGCUCUCCAGGUCUCUUGCUUGACUGGCUUUCCCCUCGUUCAAAGCUUUGCGCCUGUUUGCGCUCGACGGAGGACCGGGUCAUCGCUGCCGCCAACUUUGUGGGAGAGAUCGCCUCUGGUUGAAGGAGAAGCUUCUUUGGGGGCUGCCGGGGACAUUUUCCUCUUGUUCAUGGGCCAUCCUUGCCCUUGACCAGCAGUAGUCCGCUCGUGUUUAAGUUGAAAGCGCCGGUCUGAUCGCAUGUCCGUCCCAAAGGUCUCUCUGGACAUUGCGGCGCAUCGGAGGCAGGGGAUCGAGCCUGUAGCCAUCGGCAAUGCGCUCCCGAGCUUCUCCGUGCGCCUGACCUCGGCCAUGGGCUCGAGCGUCGUGUCGGCUGUGGCGACUACUCCCUUUGAUGUGGUCAAGACGCGCCUGCAAGUCUUCGACAGGGCCACCAGUUGCGCCUUCAGCUCGAGCGUGAGGUUCCAGCACGUGGUCUGCUGCCAGCCGACCUCCAACGGGAGCCUGUUCCUGGGUGCCAACCCCCGGCCCAGCGCGUACCGGAUGAUGGCGUGUAUCGUGAAGAAUGAGGGGCUGACGUCUCUGUGGAGGGGUACGGGGUACGCCAUGCUGACGUCGCUGCCGUCUGUGGGGAUCUACCUAACGUGCUACGAGCAACUGAAGCACCAUCUGCAAGCGAGGAUGGAGAAGGGGAAGUACUUCGCUCCCAUCGUCGCGGGAAGCGUUUCAAGGACGCUGGCAGUCGUCAUGACGAACCCGCUGGAGCUGGUGAGGACACAGAUCAUGGCACAGAGAGGAACAAGCAGGGGCAAUGCAGGAGGAAGGGUGCUGAUGAGCCAGGCGAUGCAGUCAGGAGGAGUCUUGUCUCUGUGGAGGGGAGUGAUCCCGACCCUGUACCGGGACGUUCCGUUCUCCGCCACCUACUGGCUGGUCGCUGAGAUGUCGCGCGACUCUCUUGCUCGCAUUGCCAGCGCCUCUGACAUCUUGUGGGUCAACCUGGCGUCAGGCAUGAUAGCAGGAAGCGCAGCGGCGCUCCUGACCCAUCCCUUCGACGUCAUCAAGACUCGCAUCCAGGUUGAGAUCACGCAUGGGAUCAAGGAAGAGACGGACAUGAAGACGCUGAGCAUCCUGAGGAGGAUGAUCCAAGCGGAGGGAUGGGUCUCUCUUUGGGGAGGAGUGGGGCCGAGGGUCUUGAAAGUAGCACCGAGCUGUGCGAUCGUGUUGGGCACCUACGAGAUGUUGAAGUAUGUGUGGGCGGAAGGAAGGUGAUGAAAGGUCAUGGUUGAUCUCACACGAGUAGAGCAGAAGAGGAGAGGAACUGAUACGUCCUAGAACUUUCUCUUCGACUUUUUCGUGCUGUGUAGGAGCGGAAGGUGUUGUUCUCUUGUAUUCAUUGUUCUCAAUUUCCUAUACCUGUUAUCUCUCUAUAAACAGUUCUCCCAGUC